AUGGAGAUAGACUCAUCUAACAUAGAUGAAAAUAAUCAAGAAAAACAAUCUGUAGAAAGCUCGGUUAUUCCAGAGAAUGAAAAGCCUGAAACAAAUAUUCUACCUACACCAACAGCUCCCAAUAAUAUUAGUGACAUCGAUUCCACUUCAAAUUCUGUAAGCAAAGAAGGCAAAGCAAAGAAACCCAAAAAACGUAAACCAAAAGUUCUUCGUGAUGUUACUGCCCCUCGUCAACCUCUAACUGGAUAUGUUAGGUUUUCAAAUGAGCGUCGUGAACAACUUAGAGCAGAACAGCCAGAGCUUGGCUUUGCAGAAUUAACAAAAAAAUUGGCAAGUGAAUGGAGUAAGUUACCUGUAGAGGCAAAGCAACAAUAUUUAGAUGCUGCAGAUCAUGAUAAAGAAAGGUAUAUGAAAGAGUGGACUGAAUAUAAAAAAACAGACUCAUAUAAAGAGUUUCGGAGACAGCAAAUGGAACAAAAGGAUCCUAAUAGUUCAACAAAGAAGUUAAAACAGAUCCAAUCUAAUGACAAUAAUAAUGUUUCAGGUAAUGCACUACUCGAUCAAACAGUGCCAGUAACAAACACCACCUCAGCCUCUACAAACAAUUCAAGUCGCCUAGCUACGCCGCCCAGAACAAGACCUUGUGUGACACCAGCAUUAGGAGAGGAUCUUGGUGAUACAGACAUACCAAUAUUUACGGAACAGUUUCUCCAGCACAACAAAUUAAGGGAAUCAGAGUUACGACAGCUGAGAAAGGCCAAUUCAGAUUAUGAACAACAGAAUGCAACUUUGCAACGUCACGCUGAAGAAGUAAGCGCGGCGACAGCUCGGCUGCGAGCAGAAACCGCAGCAGCUGCGGAGCGUACAGCUGCGCUGGUUGGACAUCGCAAAGCACUUGUCGCUGCCUUGGUUCAAGCUUUGCAGUCCACUAUUUUACCUCUAUCAGGUGGGCCAGAAGGUGCAACAGAAAACAAUAUAGAGGAAUAUAUGGAAAAAUUGCAAAAGAUGGUAACUGAGAACAAGAACAAUGCAUUGCUAAAGCAAGCUCUUGACAAUCUUAACUAUGUUUCAUUUCAUCUGCCAGUCCUGGGUUAA